AUGAGGACAACUCUCCGCAAACCCUGUCUAUCCCACCUCUUGAACCGGCUUCUCUACUCUCCGAUCCCGGUCCUCCACCGGUCUGGACGAUACCUUCAAACCUUAGCCUACGAAGAGUUGAAAUCCCCUCCAGAAAAACGUCACAAUUACACAGCAUUUAUUCUCCACGGCCUCCUCGGCUCCGGUCGAAACUGGCGUUCCUUUUCCCGUUCCCUUGCUUCCACACUCUUGCCCGCCCAGUGGAGGAUGGUGACGGUGGAUUUAAGGAACCACGGAAAGUCGGCUGAAAUUGAAGGAUUAUUGCCCCCACACGACCUGGAAAAUGCAGCCAAGGAUCUGGCGAAUUUGGUUAAAACUGAGGGGUGGGAUUGGCCCGACGUUGUCAUUGGGCAUUCCAUGGGGGGCAAGGUUGCUUUGCAGUUUGCUCAAAGUGUUGCUAAUGGGGAUUAUGGGGAUCAUGUUCACUUGCCCAAACAGCUAUGGGUAUUGGACUCUGUUCCUGGAACAGUGAACCGCAAGAAUGGUGAUGGUGAAGUGGAGAAAGUUCUGGAGACCUUGCAGAGUCUACCUUCAACAGUUCCCUCUCGGAAAUGGCUGGUAGAUCACAUGCUAAAACUUGGGUUUUCCAAGUCAUUAUCAAACUGGAUUGGAAGCAACCUUAAACAAUCAGGAGAAGAGCAGACUUGGGCUUUUAAUCUUGAGGGCGCUGUUCAGAUGUUCGAUUCUUACAGGGUAACGGAUUACUGGCCUCUGCUGGAGCAUCCACCCAAAGGCAUGGAGAUAGAAAUCGUACGUGCUGAGAACAGCGACAGAUGGGACUUUGAUGUCAUUAAGCAACUUGAAAGCCUUGCUACUACUAAAAGAGUGGAUGAAACUGAAGGGAAAGUUUCGGUUCAUGUUCUGCCCAAUGCAGGCCACUGGGUUCAUGUGGAUAAUCCCAAGGGUCUUCUUGAGAUUAUGACGCCCAAAGUUGCCUCUUUGGCUUAG